UGUGCCUUAGUGGCUAAAUCGUACAUGUCCUACCGUGGUCGGAUAUUACCUGUGUAUUUACCUGUAUGUGUAUACCUAUGUAGUUUAAUGUUGCAUCUAACAUAUAGCUAUUGAGCGAUGUGACGACAGACCGCUGUGUUCUAUAAUAAUAGCGAACGUUUUGAGAGAUGUUGCCUCCAGCUAUUGAAAUUUGAAAAGAAAAAGUGGAUAUUUAUGUGUCUGUAGUUAUGAUUCAUAAAACAACAAUUGGAUAUUUACCCUCCGAUCAGUAUCUCUUGUCAUUGAUGUGGAAAGGCCAGUCAAAUGGUACUCCGUCUAAAUAGGCAGGGGGAAUGGGCUCCAAUACUCGUGGCUCCUUUGGGGACGGUGACCAAACAGAUAUGUCCCCUGACAAAAUCAUUGAAUUUACCAGGAGUCCGAGGAAACCCCCGGAGUUUAAGCCCCGGAGUCACUCCCCCACACGCCUGCCCGGGGGUCUGAGGGUUUCGGUAAUACAGAAGCCCACCCCAAGGUUACGCCCAAGGCUCGAGGAAUCGUUAGCUGGUCUAGCCGAACUCAAAGUCUUGAAGGAGAAACAGCAUAAGAGAAUCCUAGAUGCCAAACUGGCCACAACUGACCACGGUCAGCCACUCGACAUUCUGCAUCUCAGAGACAAAGGCCUGACCGCACAAUGGCAUUCACGUGCUAGCCUCUCUAGUAUAUCCGAAGAAGAUGCGCCAGUUCAACAGAGUAGUGCUGAACACGGAGCUGGAAAUGACGAAAUAUAUUCCAAUGGGAUCGAGGAUGGUUCAUCUCCUAGUCGUUACAGUUACGCCAGCAAUAACAGUCUUGAUUCAGUUGAUAGUGACGUAAGCGUUGAUGAGCAAAGGAAAGAUACAUCGUUAAGUGAUGAUGGAGUUAGACGGAAAUUGUCUUCCUUUCGAGGAUACCAAUCUGUUGAUUUACAAAUGACGUUUCCUGACCCUCGAUAUCUCGACCAACGACGGGCGAGUGUACAGUGUAUUCCACAGUCUACUCCGAUUGACUCCACCUCGUCUGAAAACAAAGCCCACCAACGCGAAAGAAGAGCAAGUUUUCAAUGCGAGGCCGUUUUGACGAAAUCUGCUAACAAAGAAACACAUUCUAAAAUCAUAUCAGAUAUGAAGUUAAAUUAUAACUUUCCGGGUCCCCUUCAAGCCGUCAUGAGACAAUAUGGCAGCUCGUCAAACCUUCUGACGAACAAAUCAUCGCCAAGACUAUCGUCAACGUCAUUAAACACAAACAAAGCAGACGCUAAAAACCACAUGGACGUUUUACGUGCCUGGCAGUUAGAAAAAAGUAAAGGGGCUGCAAUGAACAAACCAGCUUCUUCGUCAAAACAAAUGCCGUCACCAACCAAAAUGCACGGUGUGAGCAACGGUGUUGGACAAGGAACUAGAAUACGAAAAAAUAAGAAAAGCAUUAUAUCAAAAGUGGUUGACGAAGUUCAGAAAGAAAAUACCAAUGAAGACACACUCUGCUCAUCGUCAUUAUCAGAUGAGUGUAUUCGUGAAAACAAAGAGAACAGCUGUAUGGAAGACAAACAGUUACCUCCUAGAGUCUUGAAUCUAAAUAGAAAUCAGGAGGAAAAGACGGGUGUUACCAAGCGGUCUAACAUAAGAGUUUCCAAGGCACUGUCGGGUUCUACAACAAACAUCGACCACAUCCGAGAGCAAAGUUUUACUUCAGACUACUACGGUUCUGUUGAGACCGUUCAUUCCGUCCAGUCACUCCCUGUGUCUCGAGUAUCCCCCCAAUUUAAACAAAGCACUGGUUCCGAGGGAUCGCCUUUCAGGGACCAACACGUGUUCAGUACGAGGCGACAUAGUUUACCGUGUAACAGAACUACACAGCUCUUUUCUUCGCCGUCUAGAACGAGAAGCCGUGUGACCAAUCCAAGACGAGAUGUGAAAGCACGUGAUCUUCAAAAUAAACCGGAAAGUUCUUGUGAACAUAAAAUGUCGAAUUCCUCUGGGAAUCUUUCUUGUGGCGAGGAUGAGGUCUUUGCCAACAUAAAAACAACGACGUCUUUCAAUGUUCAACGUCAACAGACUGCAUUAUCUGGCGCGGAUACGUCUUGUGACUGUUCAAACCUCGUGCUCAAAGAAUCUAUGUCUAGUGAACAAAAACUGCCUGAUCAAAAGAUUAUCGAACACGAGAAAGGACAGAUCUUGUCUCCAUCACCGGAACAUUGUUUAAACAAACGUGUUCCGGAUAACCGCAAUUUACAAAAUACGCAUGCGCGAGUUACCAAAUCGAUACCGGAUGAGGGAUACGUUGAAGCAGUAUCGUCGAGAGAGGGUUCGUAUGAAGACUUAACCGGAAGACAACUUCAAGGAACUGAAAAAUUAACGGACAGUAAUGAGAAAACUAAUUCAGUUGGUCAAAGAGUGUCGAAAACGGAAACCAAGAAUAACGAUAAACGGAAAACAAACAUUGUGAAGAAAACACUUCUUGAAACGUCGCUGUAGUUGAGCUGCUAUACAAUCAAACUUCGUUUUUAGGAGGUGAGAUAUUUGGAAUGUCCAGUCUUUAUCGCUCCCUUGGAAGGUAUCUUGAUUUAUCUGUAUUCCUCUUGGAUACAUAAAACUUUGAUAUACCAAGGCUUUACUGUAAAUGGGUUUGGUUAAAACCUUAUCACAGAUGCACUCAUAAAAUCAUUGAAGUAUUUAACCAAGAGUUACAUUUGAUUAUAGUCUUUGUCCGUCACAAAGUCAAUUCAACAAGAUUUUCUAAGAAGACUUUUUUUAAUGCUUUGCCAAUUUUACGCCGUCUUGUUACAUUAUGCAAUUACCAAAACCAGAUUAGCGUAGACAAACUUGUACACACGAGAAACGCUAAAGAGGAGGCCUUGAGCUAUAAAUAGAUUUUAGAAGCAAUCGCUCUUUUGUUUAAAAAGAAAAACCUGCUUUCAUGUAAUUUCCGUUUGGAGUAGAACUGCCAACAUCAUCAUUGUUUAAAUGAUUACAAUGUCUAAUGAAAACAGCAUUAUGUGUUGAGUGAAGGUUCCCAUAUCGUCAUGCUAACAUCGUGAUGUAAAACUAAGUGUGUCGUACUUUGGAUCUACGCGCUCGUGCUCGCUGCUCGUGCUCGUGCUGCUCGUGCUUGGUACAUGACAAACCACGUUCUUCUGUUGCUGUCUUUAUCAGAUCUCGCAGCAAGUUUCGUUUGACAAAUUAGAGUCAUGUUUUAUCAGCUGGUUAAGUUAUUGUGUGUGCGCUCUCUUCAGCCUGCUGAAUCGCUAUUUGGGGUUGUGGAACAACUUUAGAAUAAAAGCUUCGAAUGAA